UGGUGAAAAAUAGCAAUCUGUCAAGAAAUAAACGUAGAAAGAUCGAUUUUAGAACAAUCGAAAUAUUUUUUAAUCAGUGAGUCUUAUCGAGCAAAUCUCAACAAAGUUUUCCAAAAGGUUUCACACAUCUCUAAAUUCUCAUCGUCCACAUAGUAGAACGCCACUAAAUAGCAACAUUUUUCAAAAUGAAAAGACAACGAUUUUAGGUAGUUUAAUGGAUCACUUUAUUCUUCAAUAGAAGAAUGAUAGAUAUAUAUUUUCAAUAUUGGUAUGAUUCCUAUUGAUUUUUCAUUUUCUAAAAUGAGUUUUCUGGAAAAUCAAACGGAAUUGUGCUUUGUAGAAAGUCAUCGAUUUGUGUGAUUUUGAAAUGCUGUUUGCCAUUUGUAAAUGUUUCAAAAUGGUAGAGCUACCACAGUGUUGAUUUUCUUUAACUUGGAGUUUAUUUCUAAUUUUCAGUGGAAGUUCUUUCUUGUGAUUGUAGUGAAAAUAUGACAUAUUUACUUAUCAGUUUGAUUGUGGCGAUUCUUAUACUUAAUACUUAUGUUAACACAGCCUAUCGACGCUCCGCCAAAGCGUCAAAAUAUAUGCUGGCUGCUGAAAAAUUGGGAUUUACUGGCUAUUAUAAGAACAACUAUGGGCAGGUCACCACGGAACAACACCAAGAAGCGCUAUUGAAAGUGUUCCAGUUAGCUGGUUAUUUCAAUUUGUCUCUAUUGUGGCGAGAUUUGAAUUCUAUUGGUGGUAUUGAAAAACUCGAAUGUGCAUUCGAAGAAUUAUCUGCUGUUGUUCAACAAUGUAAAGCGGAUGUAAGAGGGCACGAUAAAUUUGAUGCAAAUUGCAUGCGCAUGAACUUAUUCAACAGCGACAUUAUCGAUAUUCAGGACGUGUUAGACUUGAUACUUUAUAUAGCACAACAUGCAUUUAAUCGACAAAUCGGGCAAGAACGCUAUGAACUUAGUUCCUACGAUUGGAUGAACACUUAUGCAGAUAAGUAUGUUAAAGAAGCACAGAUUCUGCGUCUCAUAGAUCGAGAACGUCCUUUACUACAGAACUACGACGGUGCAUGGAUUGCGGGAGCCUCUCGCAUUGGAUUAUCAAAACGAAUUGUUGAUUACAUUUCUUACAUUAUAUCCAAAAAUAUUACAAUCAACGAAGAAACACUCGUUUUAGCUGGUGAACGAGAACUUUGGGCCGACAUUGACGGAAUCCCACCAGAAAUGAAAGAUAAACUGCUGCAAGCACUGCAUAAUAACGUUGAUAUCGAUUCUUUCUCUCGUUCGCCUCUUUCAGAUGAUAAAUCUACUUUAAUCACUGAAGGGAAAGAAUAUAUGUUACAUUUGGCACAAUUUUAUAAUAUCAGGCUGAAUUCAACUCAACCAUUCAUUCAGUGUAAAAGUAAAGAGGAAUGUCCGCCCGAUCGGUCACCGAAUAGGGUUUAUGCGAAUUAUGCUGCAGAUGAAAAGUUGAAACUAACGGAAACGCUCAUGGCCCAGGACUUAAUAAGAACUUACUCGAACAUCAUUGGUGUCGCAAACAUAAGCAUCAUUGACACGUUGGCAGAAGCGCAUGUUCGACCGAACACGGCAUCCACUGCUCGUGAUGCAGCUGAUCGAUAUGUAAAGCGUAUUAUUGCCGGCCAUUAUGGCAAGAAAAAAGAUCUUAUCAUCUUAUUUUGGACAAACAAUCCUUAUAUAGAACGGCAAACACUGAGUGCUCAACGACAAGUCAAUCAAGUAUUGCAAAAUAAUGGACUGACUGAGAAAGGUGUGCGAAUAAUACUGGAAGGUGUCGGCUUUUCCAAUAACGAACCACUAACAGUUGUACACUCAGAACUUGGCGCAUUGAUAGCAGAGAAAUGGAGGGUUGCUGUCGCAGAGGUAGAACAAUCGACCGGAAAGAAACCGAAGCGUAACGUCAACGAUUUAUUGUUUCAAACUCGUCAGAACAACGCUACUGUUCCAGCACAGCCUCGCAUCAAAGAAUGAUCUUCAAUCUAAUUUUAUUCUAAGAGUAAUUGAAACUGUUUUUUCGUUAAGCGCUCUAGAACUUCUUUCGUAGCUUCGCCAAUGGCCGAAAAAAAUUUGAAUUCUCUUUUAAUUAUGAAGUUAGAUUGCCUCAGCUGAGCGGUGUGGGUGUGGGUGUAGGGUGUGGGUGUGGGUGUGGGGUGUGGGUGUGGGUGUGGGUGUGGGUGUGGGUGUGGGUGGGUGUGGGAGCUGUGGGUGUGGAUUGUCUCUUAAACAAUACCCCACAUCCACACCUACCCACACCCUCAAGCCAUUAUAAUAUGCAUUAUUACAUUAAUUAUCCUUUUUGGUAUGCAUGUGCAUGAAAUCAUUUAUUAUACAGUUAUUGAACAUCAUGCUAGUAACUUAUAUAUAUGUGUAGUAAAUCUCAAUAGUCAUUUGGUUUCAGCCUACACUCUAAAAAAAAAACGUUCUCCCGCAAACUGAACUCCCCUCGAAAACCGUUCUGGAAACCUAGAAAAGUAUCCGGAAGGAUUUUCGGACUGAUACUGAGUUCCCCAAAAUACCUUGUGGGUUUCCGAGUCUCCAGAAACCAAUAGGUUUUCGAAAACACCGUUUCGAAAACUCUGAACCGUAGUCUCAGAAACUUUCAAGUAUUUUCGAAAACCCUUCGGUUUUUUCGGAAACCGCUCUUGACUAAAAAAUCCUCUCGGAAACUCUUUGAGUUUCAGAUUUCUUUUCAUCGGAUACCCUUUUGAGUUUCCGAGUAACAAAAAGGAUGGAAAGGUUUUCUAUCAGACUUGUAGGGUUUCCGAACAAGCCUCGAAAACCUCUUAGGGUUUCUGGAUAUUUCAAAAACCUUUGAAUUUUCGAGGAAAGACGUCGAAAACCCAUCAUGUAUUGUGGAAAACCGAAAAUAUGUUUCGUAUAUGUUUUUUAUUCUCACAUUUUCAUCGUACAAUUUUCAAGCUUAUAAGUUAGUCGACAUGCAUGUCAUAUAAAAAAUGAAGCUGAAAAUAUGUCGCCAAUAACGCUAAACCAAAUAACCAAAAAAAUCAGUGCGAGCAUCACGUGCUCCACAUUCCAAACACUUAAUUUUCUUACGCUUCAGCACUGAAAGAUCAGUGGCGGGUAAAGGGAGAGAGCCCAUGGGACUGUCGGUGCCGUUCACGAAAAUUUUUUCGACCUUCCCCAGCAAAACCGAGCGAAAACAUGAGUUUACACUGCUCCGGUGACCUCAAGAAGCAGUUUUCACCUUGACGCCUUCCCUUCCUUCAAACAUCCUACCUCGAUACUUUUCUAAUACAUCAGAAGAUUCCGUAUUUUUCACACGAAAUAGUGCAUAGUUUCGUAGACUAUUAAAAGGUUUCGCAGGUUUAGUAUGGAAUCUUCUAUGGUCACUUUAAAUGCUAAUAGAUUCUGUGUGUUUUGUGCGAAACCAUACUCCAAAAGUUGUUACCGAACUCUAAAAGUUUUGUACUUUUCCUACGGAACUUCUUUUAACUUCAGCAGAAUUCAUAAAGUUUCGCAAUUUUAGCACGAAACAUUCUGCAGAUUCCAUCAUUCUGUUCAUGGUUUCGUAUAUAAUAAACUGAAAUUUUGAUAGCCUCGCAGAAUUUUUGAAGGCAUCCUAAUAUGUUAACGGAACCCGUUCUUAUUUUCAUUGUCAAAGUAAAGGUUCAGCCUUUUUUCCGCAAAAUCACCGAUAGUUCGGCAGAAAAUCCAAUGGUUUAUAUUAUCUGUGCAGAACUAUUCGCCACUCUAUUAGAUAUUUAAUAGUUGCGUGCGCUUUAUAAGAAACUUUUGAUAGUUCGUAAACUGUUAAACUAGAUGGAUGUGGAGUGUUGGUGUGGAUAUCUCUUCAUUCAUUCUCAUACCCACACCAACACCCUUGAUAAUUCAUUCGAUCAGUAAGAGAACACUCUGUUGCAAACAUUAAUAUGAUUAAAAUAAGAUAUAAAUAUUUUUCUUUCCUCAUAUAGAGCGUCCUCUUUUUUUUUUGUAUAGAGGCUUGACCUAAUUUUGAUUAAUUCGUUCUUUGAGAACUUGCUUUAAAUAAUCCAAUCAAAUUCACAAUAAUGAAAAUACCCAUAUUCAAUAAGUGUUAAAUCUAUAGAAAUAACAUUUAAUGAUAACUUCUUUAAUUGAAAUAUCUUUUAAUUUGUAGAUGAAUAUUAUCGUUUCAUUUGUACGAAAAUUAAAAAAACAAGUAAUACAUGUUUAAAGAAAUUCUGAAAUUCAACUAUCAAUGUUUAGACAUUUGACUUGAAUUAUUUUGUUCGAUAUCAAUUGUUAUUCAAUGAAGUUUUAAUGAAAUUCGAAAGAAUUCCAAUGAAGGUUUAGUUGUUUAUUUUAUUGAUUGAAUUUUUAUUAAAUUCGAAUUUAGAUCAAUUAUUUAAAUGAUUUAUUAACAUAUAAUAAAACACAAAGAAUGAUUUAUGAUUAUCAAAUAUCAAAUAUGGCUUCUUGUGUUAUUGACAAUAAUCAAAAGAACUCGUUGCUUUAUAAUUCAGUUCUUUUCUCCAAAAUCGAUUCAACUUCAAAUGAACGCGAAAAAAUUCUAGAUAAAAUUCGAUUAUAUCGAAAACAGUCAGGAAAUAAAGUUGUAGUAGGAAAAUCAUUAACUAUGGUAGAUAAAGAAAUAGUGGAAUUUGUAGUCAAUGAUAAAUCUCAUCCUCAAUCGACAGAAAUUUAUGCCGAACUUAAUCGUUUAACGAUUGAACUUCUUAAAGAUGGUUAUAUAUUUGAUUCACGUUGGAUCAGUCGUAAAUUACGAAAAGGUGAAACUGUUAUAUCUGUAUUAUGUAGUCAUAGUGAAAAACUUGCAUUAGCUUUUAAUUUGAUUCAAAAACCUAUUCCAUCUCUUAUUAAUAUAAAGAAUAAUCUUCGUCUUUGUGGUGAUUGCCAUGAAUUCAUGAAACGAGUAGCUAAACUUCGACAAUGUGAAAUUCUUAUUUCUGAUGCAAAUGGUAUUCAUCGUUUUAAAACAAAUGGUGAAUGUUCUUGCAAAGAUCAUUUCUGA